AGGACCUUGAAAAUCCAACAUGGCGGUCGUAAUCAGACGAACUUUUACUCAGACAAGAUUUCAGGUCAUAUCAAGGCUCUUCGUUGCCAACUCCACUAAUCCAAGCCACAUUUUAGGAUCAAUAUGUAUCAUACCUAACAGAACAAAGAUUAGCAAGACUUCCCCAUUUGGAAAGAGACCCAAUCCAAAGGAAGCCCAGCGCGAGAAUUUUGUGAAAACGAACCCAAAUAUUAAGGAUAUGGUUGGAAAAAACACAUCUACUCGCUCACCACCUGUGAUUAUAGAUAGUACUGGGGCUGUUGUCAGUGACUAUAUUCCUCUUGACAAGAAAGCUUUCAUAUUAACACCUACUGGAUUAAAUCAAAGGUGGAGUGCUUUUAAAAAUGGUCUUUGGACAAUAUACAGCCUGGCAUUCAUAAAGAAGUACUGCAAACCCUUCAAAUUACGUCCCUUUGCUCAAGAAGCUCAAGAUGUGUACAUUAAUGUCAAUAAAGCUCUAAUGAGUAAAGAUAAGAAAAAAUUGGAAGAACUAGCUACAGGAUCAGUGUACCAUGCACUCAAGAAGGAGUUUUUCCCAGACAAUAAACAACUACAUUGGAGGUUUGUUCGCGAGUUAGAAAGACCACGUGUGGUUCAUGCCAGGGUGGUGCCUGUUGAUAGCAAGGAGAACUUGUUUGCUCAAGUGACUGUUAAAAUCAACUCAGAACAAGUUAUGGCAGUUAAAGAUAAGCAUGGUCGCCACGUCAAGGGCAGUGACAAAGUCGUGAAGAAAUUAAUAGAUUUUGUGGUUCUCGAACGACAUCUCCCAAACAAAUAUGGGCGAUGGAGGGUGUGUGGUAAAGUUUUCCAACCAGCUCAGCAAACCGAAACAAUCAACCAGCUCCCUGCUUCUGCCCAGCCAUCAUCUUCUUGAAUAAGAAAAAUAAUUUUAAUCAGAAUAAACUCUUUGUACAGAGAAGUUUUACAAGAUUGAGAUCCAAAAACGAGAUUCAAGUGUUGAUUAGAAAAGAUUAAGACAUUAAAUUUGCUUCCAGUA